AUGAAUACCAAGCUAUUCACAAUUACUUUGGACAACGACUGCUCUUCUCAUGAUAUUUACAGUGCAUUCACUCGUUUAGAAACUUGUGAUGAAAGCUACAAUGAAGCACCAUCUGUGGAUGACUGGAAGAUGGUGGAAAUUGCAUGCGCCUUCUUGAGGCUUCUAUAUGAUUCUGCAGUCUUCAUCAUGUCAGCGAUAGAUCCAACUGCAAAUAUGUUCUUCCAAGAAGCAUGGAAGAUUCAGCUGGAGCUGACUAAUGCAAUAAAAAACGAGGACAGCAUGGUGAGCUGCAUGGCGCAGGAGUUGCAUGAAAAAUUUGACAAGUAUUGGAAAGAUUGCAGCCUUGUUUUAUCAAUUGCUGUAGUGAUGGACCCCCGGUUCAAACUUAAACUAGUGGAAUUCAGCUUCUCAAAAAUAUAUGUUGAAGAUGCCUCUAUGUAUGUCAAGGUGGUUGAUGACGCAAUACAUGAGUUCUAUCUUGAAUAUGUUGCCCAGCCACUUCCACUUACUCCGGCUUAUGUGGAACAAGGAGGUGCUGUUGUAACCAAUGGCAGCAUUGACAACAAUCAAGCUGUAUCUUCCAUUUCUGCGUUGGAUGUGGAUGACCUUCUAGAUUUUGAUAUUUACAUUUCAGAAAUGUCUGUGAAUCAGCAAGCAAAAUCAGAGUUGGAUCAGUAUCUGGAGGAGUCUCUUGUCCCACGCAUCCAAGAGUUUGAUAUUUUGAAUUGGUGGAAACUCAACAAUAUCAAGUACCCAACUCUCUCCAAGAUGGCCCGGGACGUCUUGUCCAAUAUUCCAAUGUCCAUGGUCGGUCCAGGUUGCUCCAUAUUUGGUGCAGGGACAGGAAACAAGGUUCUCGAUGAGUAUAGGAGUUCAUUGCGUCCUCAAAUUGUGGAGGCACUUUUCUGUGCAAAGGAUUGGCUUCAAUUUUUUCCUGCCAUGACUGAGUCACCAUCUACAGCCGUAGUUAAGAUGGAACACUAG